AUGGCUACGAAGAGGAUCAGAAGAAAUACUCCCAGUCCUCACAGACUCACCCCUCAGUCCAGUCCACCCAGAUUUGUGUCAGUGGAAGAGCUAAUGGAGACAGCCAAAGGAGUCACUAAUAUGGCACUGGCCCAUGAGAUAGUGUUGAACAGUGCUUUUCAAGUCAAGCCUUAUGAGCCAGGAGAGGGAAGUUUGGAGAAACAGGUAAAAGAAAUAAUGCACAAAGCAUUUUGGGAUUGCCUUGAGUCACAACUGAAUGAUGACCCACCAUCGUACAGCCAUGCUAUCACACUGGUUGGUGAAAUUAAAGAGACGCUGCUGUCUUUUCUGUUGCCAGGACAGAGCCGAUUGAGAGGGCAAAUUGAAGAGGCUCUGGAUCUCUCAUUGAUUCAUCAGGAGGCUGAGAACAGAGCUCUAGACAUCAAUAAAGUAGCCAAGUUCAUAAUUGACAUGAUGGGCACCUUUUGCGCACCCUGUCGUGAUGAAGACAUCAAACAGCUGCGUGAAAUCACUGACAUUGUGCCCCUUUUUAAGUCUAUAUUUGCAGUGCUGGACAAAAUGAAAAUCGAUAUGGCCAACUUUGCUGUGAGCAGCCUGCGACCUCACCUCUUACAGCAGUCGGUAGAAUAUGAGCGGAAGAAAUUUCAGGACUUCCUAGAGAAACAACCCAAUGCUUUGGAUUUCACACAGAAAUGGCUCCAAGACACAGCAGAUUAUGUAACCGGUGGAGGAACGGAGGGUGGAGCAACAUGCACACCAAAUUCUGCUCAACUUGCUCUACACAAUCAUGCCUAUUUACGCCUGUUAAAGUGGGACCAUGAUGCUGAGUCUUUUCCAGAGACUCUUCUCAUGGAUCAGGGCAGAUUUCAGGAGAUGCAACAGGAGCUGGAGCAACUGGCACUGGUGGCAUCAGUCCUGCUCAUAGUCUAUAACAGUGCUGGCGAGGCCAUUUCUGGACUCCCAGGCCUCAUGGAAAGACUGAAGAAAACCAUUAAGAUUCUGAUAGCGGAGAUGCACACUCUGUCCUUUAAAGCGGAUGAAACCUUUGCUGCGGUUGCAGAGAAAUUGUGUGUGGAGCUCAGAGGAUGCUUGUCUCAGCAUGGCUUUUCCCCAUUUUCCUCCGAUAGAGAGAACGCAUUGAAAGGCCAAAUCGUGGCUGCGAAGUCUGAGGACAACCCCAUACGCAAGGUCAUUGACUCACGAAUCCAGAUGUACCUUCUUGGCUUCCUGGAGUCAAGCGCCCACCGGAGCGCCCCGGCUCUCCCUGGAGGUCUGACACCCAUCAGCAAAGAGUUAGAGGAGAUUGCCGUUAAGCUGGGACGUUUGGUGACCUUCAACAAGCUAGUUUACUCUCCGUUCUACCACAAGAUCCUCCAAGACAUUCUGAAACAAGGGGAAAGUUUAGAUGUGUGAACAAAACACCUGAAUUACUUACCACUAGUUGUCCUGGCUUUCACAUUCUGUAGCUAUGUACAAAUGAAAGUGUCUGUAAAAUAGCUAAUUAACCCCUCAAAGCUCACAUGCUAGCACUAACAUAUUUAAGGGUUAACAGUCCUGACCUCCUCUCAUUGCAUUCUGUAUCAGGGAAUAUUUAUGGAUGUGUCAAGAGCCUUGCAAAUACUGUUAUUGUUUGCAACAAAAUAUAAAAAGAAUACUUGCAUUUUACAAAAGAUUCACUUCCAACAACAUUGUAAGUAGUUUCAAACGUUUUCUGUUGUAGCCUGAUCCCUUCCGCAAAGGUGUUAUUGAGGUUUCUGGGUGUGAGGAAAAGGAUAUACAGUACAGCAUUAGACUGGUGCCUUAGUUUGUGAAGUGCCACCCAUAUUUAAGUGCACAGUUUUCUCUUUACUGCUCAUUUUAACCUACAGAUUAUUCCCAUGUUGUUCCCACAUUCAUGGGACACCUGGAACACCAAGCACGGUCUUUUACAGAAUUCUUGAUUAAAAAAAAUAAAUAAAAAUGUUUCUGUCAACACAGCAUGUUUUACAGACGACACCUUCACCUCACAAGCAAAUGUAUUCACCAGCUGCACAUCUGUUCUACUCAUAGACUUCUAAAGUGUGUCUUUUCAAUGCAGUAUUAAUGGUUAUUUUAAACUGAAUGCUGGCUCCCGAUAAAAAUGGUUAAUAGAGGUGUGAAGAAAA